AUGGAUGAUGAUUGUAGGCUACGAAAUGUUUUUUGGGUGGAUGCACGAAGUAGGGCAGCGUAUGAUUUCUUUGGGGAUGUUAUUACGUUUGACACAACGUAUUUGACCAAUAGCUAUGACAUGCCAUUUGCUCCUUUUGUAGGAGUGAAUCAUCAUGGUCAAUCUAUACUUUUGGGGGCAGGACUAAUUUCAAGCGAGGAUACAGACACAUUUGUGUGGUUGUUUAAAUGUUGGUUGGAGUGCAUGAAUGGCCAAGCCCCUAAAGCAAUUAUAACAGACCAGGAUAGAGCUAUGAAAAAUGCAAUUGCUAUUGUUUUCCCUGAAAGUCGACAUAGAUAUUGUAUGUGGCACAUUAUGAAAAAAUUCCCUGAAAAGUUUGGAUCACAUGCUAAUUUUUAUGGCAUUAAGAGUGCCAUAAAUAAAUGUUUGUAUGACUCUCAAACAUGUGAAGAAUAUGAGGAAAACUGGAAAGAUCUACUGGAGAAGUAUAAUCUUCAUGAUAAUGCAUGGUUGAAUGGGUUAUAUAGGGAGAAGACAUUUUGGGUGCCGGCAUACAUGAAAGAUACGUUUUGGGCGGGAAUGAACACUACACAGCGAAGUGAAAGUAUGAACGCAUUUUUUGAUGGUUACGUGCACUCCCGAACUACAUUGAAAGAAUUUGUUGAUGAAUAUGAUAAUGCUUUAAGGAGAAUGGUUGAGAGUGAGACACGUGCUGAUUUUGAUUCUUUCAAUCGCACAAUCUCGUGUAUAAGCGCCUUGCAGUUAGAGAAACAGUUUCAAGUUGUCUACACAAAUGCGAAGUUCAAAGAAGUACAUGAUCAGUUUGUGAAAAUGAUGUCCUGUAAUAACUCCCAUCUCAAAAGUGAAGGUGCAAUUUCCACGUUUGAAGUUAUAGAAUAUGUUGCCGUUGGAGACCACUUAAUAGAAAAAACAUUUCUUGUUUACUUCAAUGAAGAUGAAUUGGAAGUGAAGUGCACAUGUGCAUUGUUUGAAGUAAGAGGCAUCUUAUGUAGGCAUUCACUUUCCGUGUUACGGACAAAAAAAGUGACAACUUUGCCACAAAGAUAUAUUAUUGACAGAUGGAGGAAGGAUAUUAAGCGAGAGUACUCGAAGGUUAAGAGUAGUUAUGAUGCCAUUGGUGAUGAUCCACAUGCUCAAAUAUAUGACAAGGUGAGAAACAAUUUUGAGGAAUUACUGUCGCUCGCAUCAGAAAACACGGAGGAACGUUGCAUGGAACUAAUGAAAAAAAUUGAUCAAAUAAAGGAGUUGUGGCGUUGCGAAAAUCAAGCUUCUGGCAUUCCAGCUACUAUCACAUCUUCUAGUUGUCAAAAGGUGCUUAGUCCUCAUAAGGUUACUUGUAAAGGGAGGCCACGAACAAAGAGAAAGGUGGCUGUUAUAGAAACAGUGGUAAAGAAAUCCAAUGUAUCAAGCAAGCCACCAAGAGACAACAAUGCUAAAACGAAGAAACGAAAAAAUCAAGCCUCGAAAUCAACGGAAAAUCAAGGCAACACUAGUCAAUCUCCGUUGCCUUCUGUACCUUCUGCAACUCACGAUCAUAGUACUCAGGAUAUUUAA